AUGAAUCCUACAAGAGGGCGCAAGCGUAAGGCCAGUAUUCCGCUCAAGAUCACUGCGGGAAACUCAGGCGCCAUCGAUGUAGAGGCCAACACAGCCAGCAAUGCUCCCUCUGAAGAUGUCUUGAAGGGUGGCGGGUAUGUGUUCUCUAAGCAAAGCGUCGUGUCGGUACUGCAAGACCUGGAAUGCGCUGUCUGUAAGGACAUUCAAGGGGAAGAGGUUGUGCGCUCUUGCUGUGCCAAUGCGCAAUGCACCGUCAUCAACUAUAUCUGCAAGAAGCACACAGAAGGGCCUGCGGUCCUCAAUCAAAACAGGUGCUUGAUGUGCCAGACGACAGGUGUCACUUACGAUCCAGAUAAGGCGGUGUCCCGGCUGCUGAGCUCUGUCUUUGUCGACUGUCCCAAGGAGGGGUGCUCGACAAGGAUGACUGCAUCGCAGCUGAAGCAACAUCUGGAGAGAGAGUGCGAGAAGAAUGUCAUCAAGUGCGGGGAAACCAGGGUGCGACCUCUGAAGGCUUCUCAGGACCAUGCUGCGGACUGCCGGUCGCGCAAGUGCUUCAACCACAUUGAAGAUCCAGAGCUGGGCAGCUUUGGUUGUACGUGGGAGGGCAAUGUCGUGGAUCUCCCUAACCACGACUACGAGGCCAGGCGACUCUUUUGCAGCCACAGCGUGCAAGAACUGAUCAAUUCCUACAAACCCAUUGAAUGUCUUGCAAGGAGCGGUGGGCGAGCCUCGUCUCCCGGACAAAUGUCCCGGCAAUAUAUGCUGGCAGUCCGCAACUUCUCUGCGGACGAAAGGUCGCGCCUGCGUUCCAUCAUCAAUAGUAGCCCGAGAUUGAGGGCACGCGCCUGGAAGUUUGUCAAGGUUGCAAGCUUCAUGGACUUUGCAUUCCCCUACACCUUGAAUGAUGUUGUUGUGCUCCCAUCGUCCUUCCUUGCUCAGCAUGACGAGAGCGAGGCUGCAGUCACCUUGUUACACGAGUCCUUUCAUAUCGACCAGCGGGCCCACCAGCCCAAGUUUGAUAAGUUUUACGAGAGGAAAUGGGGAUAUGUCCGGCCCAAACGGCUCACGAUACCGGGCAGCAUCUGGAAGCGCACAGUGACUGAUCCGGACGCGCCCGACAUCAAGUGGGUGAAGGCAAUGAACGGAGCCUACUGGUGGACAGUGCUUCACCUGCCUGAUGAGAGGAGCCGUCCGAUAGCUGUUGCAUACAUGUGCAAGCAGACACGGCCCGGCCACUUUGUGGUCACACGCGAGCGGAGACCUCUGACAUCGUUGAAGGAGUAUGUGACGAUUCGAGUCUAUGAAUCUUCAUAUCGAACUCGUCCCA